UUAAUUGAACUCUCCUAAUUACUACUACAAGCAUGUGUGGCGCAUAGUGCUUCACCCCCUAAUCAUAAACCAUUUUACUGCACUUGUUGAAACUAUAUGCUUCUAUCCUUUACUCUUUCUUCUUCUUCUUCUUCUUCUUCUUCUAAAGCCCAAUCAUGUUUAAUGAUCAAAGGGCUAUCACAAGUAGAGAAGAUCAUGAACGUGAUCAUGUUGAUGUACACAUCAGAGACAUCCAUGCACUGACCCCACCUCAACCGGUCAAUAUUAGUACCGGUCGUCAAAGGGAGAGUUGGGAGAGAUCAUCUUCCUUGUCCAUGGGUAGUGAAGGCAGCGAGAAUUUUACAAGCAUGAGUAGAGAAUUCAAUGCCCUUGUCGUUGCAGGAUCAAACAAUAUAGGUAGCAACAACAUCAACAACAAUAACGACGACGUCUAUGAGGGCACCGGCAACUUGGCUAUGAUUGGAGAGGAUGAAUUAAUGGUGGAGGAAACCAAUCCGUUGGCAAUUGUACGGGAUAAUAACCCUUUGGACCCUGUAGGGUCACCUAGACGUGCCACUACUACUACUACUACUGCAGGUGGCUUUUCCUCCAUGGUCGGUGGUGGAUAUGGGACGGAGGUGUCGGCGCAUAGAGUGAAGAAAGAGGAGGUGGAGUCGAAGAUAUCAGCUUGGCAGACGGCGAAGAUUGCUAAGAUUAACAACCGGUUCAAGCGUGAGGACGCCAUAAUCAAUGGUUGGGAGAGUGAGCAGGUUCAAAAGUCCACUUCUUGGAUGAAGAAAGUUGAGAGGAAGCUGGAGGAGAAAAGAGCAAGAGCCAUGGAAAAGAUGCAGAAUGAGGUAGCAAAAGCACACAGGAAAGCAGAGGAAAGAAGGGCAUCAGCAGAGGCCAAGAGGGGAACAAAAGUGGCUAGGGUUCUUGAAAUUUCCAACUUGAUGAGAGCUGUUGGAAGACCUCCUGUCAAGAGAUCCUUUUUUUAAUUCAAUGUCCUACCUCCACCUACCCCAUAUAUAUAUAUAUAUACCCUAUAUUUUCAAAAACAUUAAUUUCAGUACAAUUUGAUAUAUAUAUUUGGGCAUAUACACAGCAUGCAGCCCACAAUAUAUAUUAUAGGCCGGUCCCUUCACCUUUUGAACAGUAGGGUACCCUCGCUUUUAUAUGAUCAGUUGAGUGCUUUUAAGGUCGUGUGAGAAUUUUUUAGAAGGUUUGUUUUGGUGAUGGUUUUGGAACAAUUCGAUCUCUUCUUGCUUUGAAUGUACAGCUUUUUGCUAUUAGUUAUGCUUGUCUAAGCUUAGUGAAUUAAGAUUUUCAAUUUUUCUGCGCCCCUUGUACUUAUGUAACAUCAUGUAAGAAGAUCUUAUGAUAAAUAUAAAGAAUAAUUUUACAGCAA